UCUCUCCUUUAUCAAAUCCAAAAAUGAAGAGUUUUCCAACCAUCAUUUUCUCCAUUGUAGUUCUUGUAGGAGCCUUUCCACAGCUGAUUUCAAGCCAAAACUGCGGCUGUGCACCAGACUUGUGCUGCAGCAAAUUCGGCUAUUGCGGUACCGGCAACGACUACUGCGGCUCUGGCUGUCAAUCCGGCCCUUGCACCGCUGCUCCGAGCAGUGGUAAUAGUGGCGUUUCAGUUGCUGAUAUUGUGACGGACGCUUUCUUUAAUGGGAUUGCUGAUCAAGCUGCUUCAAGCUGUGCUGGAAAAGGGUUCUAUACUCGAUCAGCUUUUCUUGAAGCUCUGAACUCGUAUCCCCAGUUUGGAACCGUUGGUUCUGUUGAUGAUUCUAAAAGGGAGAUUGCUGCUUUCUUUGCUCAUGUCACUCAUGAGACUGGACAUUUGUGCUACAUAGAAGAGAUAGACGGCCCCUCCAAAGAUUACUGUGAUGAGAGCAACACUCAGUACCCAUGUGUGCCAGGCAAGGGAUAUUACGGCAGGGGUCCAAUACAGUUAUCAUGGAACUUUAACUAUGGACCAGCAGGUGAAAGCAUUGGAUUCAAUGGACUCAGCCAACCAGAAACUGUAGCUACAAAUAAUGUUAUUUCAUUCAAAACUGGCUUGUGGUAUUGGAUGAACCAUUGUCAUGAUCUUAUCAUUUCUGGCCAGGGUUUUGGGGCUACAAUUCGUGCCAUUAAUGGUCGGCUUGAAUGUGAUGGUGCAAAUCCAAACACAGUUAGUGCUCGAGUUGAGUAUUUUACUGAAUAUUGUAGACAAUUGGGUGUCGAGACUGGUGAUAACCUCAGAUGCUAGGGUAUUUAAUCCGAGGAAAAACAAGUUUUUGACGUGAAAUAAUGUUGAGGUACACAGCUGAUUGGGGGGAAAAAGCAAUAAAUUGUUUACCUUUAAUUGUUCUUUACAAGCAAAAGUUAUGACUCUUGAAAUCAAAUAAUUGAUUAUGUUGAUCUUGGUUCGACUUAA